CAAUAAGCCCCGCCCCAUCAGGCCCCGCCCCGCUCCGCAUCCUGGCUGCGAGUGUCGCUUGUCGGGUCUUGGCAACUUCUGCUCGCACGCUCUACCGGCCUUCCGGUCUGGAUACCCGCCACUGCUCUUCAAUGGCUCAGCAUUUCUCCCUGGCCGCCUGCGACGUGGUCGGCUUCGAUCUCGACCACACGCUGUGCCGCUACAACCUGUCCGAGAGCGCCGCGCUCAUUUAUAACAGCUUUGCUCAGUUCUUAGUCAAGGAGAAAGGAUAUGAUGAGGAGUUGCUCACUCUGACCCUAGAGGACUGGGAUUUCUGUUGCAAGGGUUUGGCACUGGAUCUGGAAGAUGGGACCUUCAUUAAGCUUGCGGCUGAUGGCACUGUGCUCAGGGCAAGCCACGGCACCAAGAUGAUGACUCCGGAGGCACUGACUGAGGCCUAUGGCAAGAAGGAGUGGAGGCACUGUCUAUCGGACAAACGCAGUGUGUCGGGCUCUGACAUUCCUUGCUGUUCAGGAAAGUGUUAUUUCUAUGAUAACUACUUUGACCUGCCAGGGGCUCUUCUGUGUGCCAAGGUGGUGGACUCUUUAACAAAGAACAGAGGUCAAAAAACAUUUGAUUUUUGGAAGGAUGUAGUUGCUGGUAUACAACACAAUUUUAAAAUGUCAGCCUUUAAGGAAAAUUGUGGAUUCUUCUUUCCAGAAAUAAAAAGAAAUCUAGGCAAAUAUGUGUACCGCUGCCCUGAGUCUGUAAAAAAGUGGCUUCAACAGAUAAAGGAUGCUGGGAAAAUUACUAUGUUGAUCACUAGUUCUCACAGUGAUUACUGUAAACUUCUUGGCAGUUACAUCCUUGGGAAGGACUUUGCAGACCUUUUUGACAUUGUGAUUACAAACGCAUUAAAGCCAGGAUUCUUCUCACAUUUCCCAAGCCAGAGGUCUUUCUACACGCUUGAGAAUGAUGAGGAGAAGGAUGAACUGCCAUCUCUGGAUAAGCCCGGCUGGUACUCCCAAGGGAACGCUGUCCACCUUUAUGAGCUUCUGAAGAAAAUGACCAGCAAGCUUGAACCGAAGGUGGUUUACUUUGGUGACAGCAUGCAUUCAGACAUUUUCCCAGCCCAUCACUAUACUAACUGGGAGACAGUCCUUAUUCUCGAAGAGCUUCAGGGGCAAGAAAUGGAGAAGCCUGAGGAAGCAGAGCCUCUGGAGAAAAGAGGAAAAUAUGAGGGACCAAAGGUAAAGCCUUUAAAUUGCUUAUCUAAUAAAUGGGGCUCAUACUUUAUCGACUCAGUCUCGAGACGGGGAAAUGCAGAAGACUCCUUGGUUUAUACCUGGUCCUCUAAGAGAAUCAGCACCUACAGUACGAUUGCAAUCCCAAACAUUGAAUCUAUUGCAGAGUUACCCCUGGACUACAAAUUUACGAGAUUCUCUGCAAACAAUUCAAAAACAGCUGGUUACUAUCCCUUGGUCCAUUAUACCUUGGCUUCUCAAAACACAGACAGCAAAAUAAUCUCUACUUAAAAAUGAACCAACCAUAUGUACAGUAGACAUACCGUUUUAAAAAGUUAAUUUUCCACAGCAAUGCAGAUGUUUUAUAAGAACAAUUUUUCAAUGAAAAUUGACCAAAUGGAUAUUUGUCAGUAUGUCUUUUUAAAAUAUAAGUAAUUUUAUAUAAAUCAUUUUAAUGUUUAACAGUUCUUGUUAUAGUAAUAUUUUUAGUAUCCUAGACUAAAAGAGGACAUGACGUAUUUUCUAUACUGGUAGUUCUCAAAACUGGUAGUUUUGAGAAUCUCAGGAUUCUCAUUGUACAUUAUCAAUACAUGCAAGUGUGUAUUUAUACAUCUACCUGGUUCAGCAGUUUCCUAAACCUGAUCCUCAGACUAAUAGCAGAGCAACAUAGAACUGGAAAAUGCAAAUCUGAAUGCUUCAUUCCAAACCUUCUGAAACAGAAACUUUGGGAGUGACGUCAACAAUGACUUUUAAGCAAGCUCUCCAUAAAUCUGAUGCUGUAUUAUAAUUUGAGACCUAGUAAGUAAACCCUGUGAUGAGUCUUCAUACCUUUAAUUGAAAGUGCAAGCUGAAUUGAUAACACCAGAGUCUAGGGAAAAUAGGUCACUGUUCCAAGUUAUUAGGCUUUUUGCUAGUUCCUUUUCCCCCGUAAUACAUAAAGAAACAUGAUUUCUUAAGAUAACAUAACCCCAUAUUUUAGUUAAAUUUAUACCUAUUAAGGUUAAGUUCCAGCUUUGUCCAGGGGAAGGGAGCAGAAAGAAGCACUCGACAACUGUAUAGGUACACGUCAGGUCAGAAGAUGUUCUGUUCCAUGAGGUUUGAUUAGUUAACAUGUGCACCAGACCAUGUUUACACAAGAUGUUUGUAAGUUCCUGGGUUUUCUUCUGCCUAUUAACUUCACUGUCCAUAAUGGACAAGAUUAAAAAAGUUUAUCAUUUUUUCUUGGAACUUAGCAUAUGAAAAACUAUUUUCUUAAAAUUUACAAAUAUUCCAAUAAAUCCCAACUGUACUAUGAGGAUGUAUUUCUCAGGGUAAUUAAAAAGGAUACAGAACUUAUUUCUUUAUUUUCAGUAUCUUUGAUGUUGAUUAAUCAGAAUACAUAUAGAGAUAUAUUUGAUACCCGAAAUGUCAUUAGAGAGUUAUGAUGAGCACACACAAUCAAGCUUAGGGCCAAAUAAAAGAUAACUAUCGUAUGCUUUAAGUAGAGAUUUCACUUUGCUUUAAAAUAAAGUUAUUUUUCCCUAUA